AUGCAAAUUUCCGUACUCUGCGCCGUUGCCAAUGAAGCAACUUUCGAAUGUGAAAAUGUAUCCAGCGGUAUUUAUCACAUGAAUUGGUACCUGUUGCCCCGUCGUGCUAAGAGUUAUUUAAUUCUCAUGAUGGUUCGCACAUUGCGACCGGUUGUCUUCAUGAGUGGUCAUGUCAUCGUUCUUUCCCUUAAUGCCUUCAGCAAUCUCCUAAAACGAUCGUAUUCAGCGUACACGAUGCUCCAGCAGAACUCCAAUUAG